UUUGUACAUACCAUCAGCCGCAAUGACAUCCUUUAGCGCGGCGUUCAAGCUUUCCAAAGAGGAGGUGCGUAAUGCCAGGCCCCCUGGAACUGCAACACUGGUUGAACAUCUCGAAUGGACAGCAUCGCAAACGAAUAAAGAUGAGAUUCGCCUGGUACCCCAGCCAACGUCAGACCCAGCAGACCCGCUGAACCUGCCCAAAUGGCGGAAGCUCGUGAUGCUCGCGGUCAUGUCUAUUCACCCUUUUGUGGUGAACUUCACUGGGUCAUCGAUCUCUAGUGCUUUGCCGAUAUACGCGUCGACACCAGUGCUUGGUCUCCCUCCAAAAGGGUUUUCAGAACUGACAUACCUCAUUGCGGUCAACGUCCUCAUGUUGGGGGCGGCCAACCUGUGGUGGGUGCCCUUGGCCAACACCUUUGGGCGUCGCCCAGUGAUUCUGAGUAGCCUGUUGUUGCUAGUCUUCUCGAGCAUGUGGGCAGGAUUAGCGACAAGCUUCGAUAGUUUGCUGGCUGCACGUAUAUUCAUGGGCAUUGGUGGAGCACCUGCCGACGCGGUCAGUCCGGAUGUGGUUGGCGAGAUAUUCUUCGUUCACGAGCGUGGACGUGCUAUGGCCAUCUACACUUCCUUCCUAGCCUUUGGGUCUCUUGUCGGCGCUACUUGCGGUGGAUACAUUGUCGGGCCCAUGGGUCUUGACUGGCUACACUGGAUGAAUGUUGUCCUUUCAGCCAUCAGCUUCGCUCUCUGUCUUGUAUUCCAAGCUGAGACUUUGUAUGAGCGCCCACAAACUUCAUACACAUCCGAAAACGACAUUGCAGACAAGGUCACUGCAGAUACCAAGGAGAGUGUUGUCGUUGCUGGCUCCGUGGCACCAUCCACGUACCCUUCCUACUCAUACCUUCGUUCCCUAAGACUCAUCACAUAUCAGCCGGGCAUUGGUACGAAAUUCUUGGCUCCCUAUAAGGUCCUUCGACUACCUGGAGUGUGGCUGGUUUCAUUAUGGUAUGCUGGACUCGUCGGAUUGAUUGUAACCAUGUCAACAGUAGCUCCUCAAAUUGUCGCCAAACCCCCAUAUCUCUGGGGCAAGGGUGUCGGACUGAUCAACAUCGGCGGUAUCAUUGGGACUAUCCUAGGCUGUAUGUACACUUACUUUGUCGCUGAUUUCACAACCAAACGCCUCGCAAAGAAGGAUCAGAACGGCUUCUCUGAACCAGAAUCCCGUCUCGUCACCGCUCUCCCCGCCCUCUUCGCCGCCACCAUCGGCUCGCUCAUCUUCGGCUUCGUUGCGCAGAACCCCUCGCCAACGGGCUGGGUGGGCCUGCAGUUUGGGCUCGGUCUCGUCGCUUUCGGUCUCAUGCAAGCGCCAUCGGUGGGUUUCAACUAUAUCAUUGAAGCAUAUGGCGCCCUUGCCGGUGACUGCUUCGUCGCUAUUACCUCGACGCGCGCAGUGGUUAGCUUUGCCUGGACUUUCUUCGUCGGCAAGUGGGUCAUGCAUGAUGGUCCGGCGGAGCCGUUUGGCAUCUUUGGUAUGCUCAUGGGCCUCUUCGGCUUGCUUACUAUUCCCAUGCUUAUCUGGGGUAAGAGGCUACGUAUUUGGACGGCAAAGUGGGUUCCUCAUGGAGAGCCGAUUUAGGCUUCUUACCUCAGAUAUGUAGUGUGGUUUGCAUGAUUUAC